UUGAAAUCUGAAAAAUGGGUCAAUUAAAUUGAGAGCUUAAAUGAAUUAAUUUACCUCACGUGAUCCGGGCCACAGAGCAUCUUGGUUUUUGAGCAUUCUCUGUAGGUUAUGCCUAGAUCGUACCUGAGGCAUGGAGAAACAAAGGCAUUUGGUCUUGUGUGCAGCCCCAGCUCUAAUGCGAUCUAUGAUGGUAAAUUGGCUUAUGCGCCAGCACUUGAAGAUGUCCUUGUUUGGGAUGUGAAGAAGGGUCAAAUGAUUGGGAUGUGGCACGAGACGGGUCACCGCUCUGAAGUUACCUGUAUGCUUCAGUCACCCAGGAAAAACGUCUUUGCGAUAGGCUAUGCUGACGGUUCGAUCCGCCUAUGGGACUCAAGUACUUCAACCGUUAUUGUGACCCUGAACGGUCACAAGAGGUCCAUCACUGCCCUCGCAUUCGAUGGGACUGGUGCCAGACUCGCAUCUGGUUCUCAGGACACAGAUCUCAUCAUUUGGGAUGUUCUUGCUGAGACUGGGCUCUACCGUUUACGGGGUCAUCGCGACCAAAUCACUGCCAUCAAGUUCCUCGACCUCACAUCCAACGCAGCAUCAACAUCGACCCUCUCAUCUUCUGGAUACGUAUUAACGUCAUCUAAAGAUACCUACGUAAAAUUGUGGGACCUGUCGACUCAGCAUUGCAUACAAACUGUUGUGGGUCAUCGUUCCGAGGUUUGGUCCCUUGCCUUAGACGCUGGGAACGAUCUUAUCCUUACUGGUGGAGGUGACGGGGAGCUUAAGGCAUGGCGCCUGGACCAUGAGGCUCUUCAGGCUGGGUUAAAGGCGUCAGAGACUGGCGAGUUACCAAAAAUGAUAACUCCCAUAUCAACCCUUCCUUUGGCUGCACGUCAUCGCGUCUCGCAAAUUGUCUUCCAUCCUACACAGCCGCUUUUGGCUGUCCAGUCUCAUGAACGAUCUGUACAAAUCUUUCACAUACUCGGCGAGGAAGAAGCACAAAAGAAGCAAGAUAAACGCAAAAAGGCGAAGCGGAAAGGCAAAAAGGAUGAUUCCAAUGAGAUGGAGGUUGAUGAGGAAUCGACCACCGUUUCACUCAAGGACCUUUUUACGCCUUAUUUGGUCGUUAAAUCAGAUGCGAAAAUCCGAUCUCUUUGUUUCCCGGACACCGCGAGUGCUAAAAGCGAAGUUCAGCUGUUCAUUGCUCUCACUUCAAAUACUCUGCAAGUGUUUGAUAUACCGUCCCCGAAGUCCACAAGGCAGCGAAAUACACGCCCAGAAGCAACACGGACAUUUUCGUUGGAUUUGCCAGGCCACCGGACAGAUAUUCGAUCACUCUCCCUAAGCUCCGAUGAUCAGGUAUUGGCUUCAGCCUCCGAUGGUCUGCUGAAAAUCUGGAAUUUGCGGACGACGGCUUGCAUCAGAACAAUGGAAUGCGGAUAUGCAGUAUGCAGUGCUUUCCUGCCAGGAAAUAGACAGAUAGUUGUCGGCACUAAAUCUGGAGAGCUUCAAAUCUUUGAUGUAGCCAGCUCCACCAUGAUCGCAUCUAUCAAGGCACAUGAAGGCACCGUGUUUUCGAUGCAUGUUCGACCUGACGAACAGGCAUUAGUCACUGGCAGCGCUGACAAAGACGUCAAGUUCUGGGAAUUUGAGCCUCUGGAAGGAACAAAUCAACUCUCCCUCGUUCAUGUCAAGACCUUGAAAAUGACUGAUGACGUGUUGGCCGUAAAAUACAGCCCUGAUGGAAGAUUGCUGGCGGUUGCGUUGUUAGACUCUACUGUGAAGGUAUUCUACCAGGACACGCUCAAGUUCUUCCUGUCCCUCUAUGGGCAUAAGCUCCCUGUCCUAUCGUUAGACAUCUCAACAGAUUCUAAACUCAUCGUCACAUGUUCCGCCGACAAAAACGUCAAAAUUUGGGGUCUCGACUUCGGUGAUUGUCACAAGAGUAUUUUUGCACACCAGGACAGUAUCAUGCAAGUUGCAUUUGAACGCGAUAUAGACUGGUCGAACGGUGAUAAAGGGCACAGUCACUAUUUCUGGACUGUGAGUAAGGACAAGAUGGUCAAGUACUGGGAUGGUGAUAAGUUUGAGAACAUACAAAAAUUCAACGGUCAUCAUGGCGAAAUUUGGGCAUUGGUAGUUAGCGGUGCGGGCAAGUUCGUUGUGACUGGUUCGCAUGACAAGUCCAUCCGAGUAUGGGAGAAGACAGAUGAUCUCUUGUUCCUUGAAGAAGAACGUGAAAAAGAACUCGAGGCACUUUAUGAGGGUAACAUGGUGGAUGCCAUGAAUCGAACAGAUGCACCCAUUGGUAGCGGUGUAGAAGGCGCUCCACAACAGCUAACAGCAGAGGCAGGGGCAGUCUCGAAGCAAACCCUGGAUACUCUUAUGGCAGGGGAGCGCAUCGUAGAGGCCUUAGAGGUUGCUGACACCGAACGUCAUGCGUUUGCCGAAUACGAAGAGAAGAAGGCAUCAAUGAUGGACCCAGGCUCGUUACCUCCUCCGGCAAAACAUCCUGUCUUGGCUGCAUUGAGCCAGUCUCCUGAACAACAUGUCUUCGGCACGCUGGAGAAGAUUCCCAGUGCAACGUUAUUUGAUGCUUUGCUUGUUUUGCCCUUCACGAAAGUCAUCUCGCUUUUCGAAUAUUUGAAUGAGGCGGCUCUUCGGAAUUGGAACAUAGUUCUUGUAUCAAGGAUCAUGUUUUUUCUUCUCAAGACGCACCAUCAUCAAGUUGUUGCAACUAAUGCCAUGCGCGUUACUCUGGUCCAGUUACGCAAGCGGCUCCGCAGUGCUAUACAGAGUCAAAAAACUCAGAUCGGAUACAACUUGGCGGGCCUCCAGUAUCUCAGACGGAAUCAUGAAGCAAAAGUGACAGCGGAGUUCUGGGAAGCUGGCAUCGAUGACGAGGAAGAGAUUCGGAAAAAGCUCGCUUCGAUGGAGAGGAAACGCAAGCGAAUCAAUGUGAGGGCGUGA